UUUUCAAAACGAAAUGCUAGCGCGCCUAAUAGGAAUACCGAGUCGCGUAGAAGCCCUUAUCAUAAUCCUCUUGGGAAUCUUCAGUCUCUCGCUGGAUAUGUCACCGCUGUAUCUCAUAUCAAACCUGAAAUCGAUAUCGGACGUCAAACUGGAAAGAGCCCCCCACCUCGAAGACUUUGUGAAAUACAUCCUCCGCUUCAUAGUAAUCGCCAGAUCCUCCACACACCACUUGUUUCUAGUAUGCUACGCUUUAAUGAUCUGGCCGGCCAUAUUUGAGGAAAAACCGAAUCUCAUGUUACCCUGGCUCUUUCUCGGUAUAUUGCGCUGCCUGUUAUUGAAUUUCAUUGCGUUCCUAGCGGGAAGCUUCGUAUGCCACAAGGAACGAGGUCUGCAGCCGGUCUGCUUGGAUUUCCUUUUGGCACAAGUAGUGGACCAUGCUCCAUCCGUGUACGCAUGGUUUUCCAUGCUCAGUUACUACAGAGAGCUAUCGGAAUUUUCUCAUCAACUGUCGUUCGACGACCUCUGGCAAAAGACGAGAGCCAAGUCUUUGUCAAUAUGCCACUUGGACGUGGACGUCCUAGAGUUGGAGCGAGUCAAGAUUAGAUUUCAGGAACCUGGCGGCGUUUUGUUCAACCAGAUUCGGCUCUUGGUCGAUAACGCCAAGCAGGCAUCUUCCAGGUCUUUCGAUUCUCUGGUGAAUCAGAUGCAACAGAGAGAGGAGAACCCGCUCGAUAUCUUCGAGUUCAUCGAGGGUUCUGAUAUGUGCGCUAAAAUGAAAGCGAUGAGGGUUCUCGGCGUCACAGAAGACGACGUUGCUAGAAUAGGGACCGGAGGAGGCAGAAUGAGCAAAACGCUGGAGGAAAUUGGAGUAGAUGACUUGAGUACUAUUGAAGCGUCGGUGAAGGGGGAGAGCUUUUACAUAAAAAAGGGCGAGACUUAUCUCACUUCCAAGUCGGAUCACCUGAAAUCGAUACCAGCUCUCGGGGACGUCGACCGGAGAGAAAUAUGCCGCUGCCUCAUCAAACGGGGGUUUCUCAGACGAGACUCAUCGAACGAGCGAGAAAUAGUUAGCGUCCAUUUCGAUUCGAAAUAA